AUGUAGGUGUUCGCAGCCGCCGCCGCGCCGCCGUCGCUCUCUAACGCCAGCGCCGCCUUUCGCUCGCCGAGCUCCAGCCGAAGGAGAAGGGGGGUAAGUAAGGAGGUCUCUGUACCAUGGCUGGUACAAAGCAGACUGCCCGCAAAUCGACCGGUGGUAAAGCACCCAGGAAGCAACUGGCUACAAAAGCCGCUCGCAAGAGUGCGCCCUCUACUGGAGGGGUGAAGAAACCUCAUCGCUACAGGCCUGGUACUGUGGCGCUCCGUGAAAUUAGACGUUAUCAGAAGUCCACUGAACUUCUGAUUCGCAAACUUCCCUUCCAGCCUCUGGUGCGAGAAAUUGCUCAGGACUUUAAAACAGAUCUGCGCUUCCAGAGCGCAGCUAUGGGUGCUUUGCAGGAGGCAAGUGAGGCCUAUCUGGUUGGCCUUUUUGAAGACACCAACCUGUGUGCUAUCCAUGCCAAACGUGUAACAAUUAUGCCAAAAGACAUCCAGCUAGCACACCGCAUACGUGGAGAACGUGCUUAAGAAUCCACUAUGAUGGGAAACAUUUCAUUCUCAAAAAAAAAAAAAAAAAAAAAAAUUCUCUUCUUCCUGUUAUUGGUAGUUCUGAACGUUAGAUAUUUUUUUUCCAUGGGGUCAAAA